AAAGGCUUGUGAGAAUCCGGUGGAUGCUGGACGUUCAGGCUGCUGCUCGCACCACCGCGCCCCUGCCGUUGCUUCCCAGCGGCUGCAGAGCAUGGACUGUUAACUCUUGCACUUCUUCCGUGUGAGCUGAAUUCUUGCCGCCAGUAUGGGGAAACAGAACAGCAAGCUGCGCCCGGAAGUCAUGCAGGACUUACUUGAAAGCACGGACUUUACAGAGCAUGAGAUCCAGGAGUGGUACAAAGGCUUCCUGAGAGACUGCCCCAGUGGCCAUUUGUCAAUGGAAGAAUUUAAGAAAAUUUAUGGGAACUUUUUCCCUUAUGGGGAUGCUUCCAAAUUUGCGGAGCAUGUCUUCCGUACCUUCGACGCCAAUGGGGAUGGGACAAUAGACUUCAGGGAAUUCAUCAUAGCCCUGAGUGUCACGUCGAGGGGGAAGCUGGAGCAGAAGCUGAAAUGGGCCUUCAGCAUGUACGACCUGGACGGCAAUGGCUACAUCAGCAAGGCGGAAAUGCUAGAGAUUGUCCAGGCAAUCUAUAAGAUGGUUUCAUCUGUCAUGAAAAUGCCUGAAGAUGAGUCAACCCCAGAGAAAAGGACAGAAAAGAUCUUCCGCCAGAUGGACACCAAUAGAGAUGGAAAACUCUCCCUGGAAGAGUUCAUCCGAGGGGCCAAAAGUGACCCAUCCAUCGUGCGCCUCCUGCAGUGUGACCCGAGCAGUGCGGGCCAGUUCUGA